CACUUAUCAGGAACAUGCCGUGAGCUGCUGUGACGACAUUCUCUCUCUUUCUCUGUAACCACUCGGACUAUCGUUAUCAUCAAAUAAUGACAAUUGACUUUUCACUUUACUUGGUCACAGGCCGGGAGCUACUGCCACCAGGAAAGGAAUAUCUACAAUCCUUGGAAGAGGCCUUGCAAGGCGGUGUAACCGUCGUUCAGAUACGAGAAAAGAGAUCUGAUACACUAGAAUUCUUGGAAAUUGCACGAGAGUCGAAGAUCCUCUGUGCAAAAUACAAGGUUCCUCUCAUCAUCAAUGACCGUAUUGACAUCGCGCUCGCCAUACAAGCCGAUGGUGUGCAUCUGGGGCAAACAGACAUGCCAGUUCAUGUCGCAAAAACUUUACUCCCCGUGGGUACUGUGAUUGGUGUAUCUUGCAACGAUCCAGACCACGUGAAGAAAGCAAUAGAGGACGAAGUUGAUUAUAUUGGCAUCGGUGCCGUCUGGAGUACGACAACUAAGAAGCUGGAUAGCCCUGUCGUUGGCGUCAGAGGGGUUGGCUCACUGCUCCAGGCUCUGGAUGGCACAAACAUCAAGGCUGUUGCAAUCGGGGGGCUAAAUUCCACUAACGCUCUGAGAACUUUACAUGGUUCUGUGUCAAUCUCUGGACACAGGUUGGAUGGUAUUGCUGUGGUCUCCGAUAUUGUGGCAUCCUCAGCACCCCGUUCCGCUGCUCAAAAGUUAAGGAAUAUCCUCGAUGCAUGGAUUCACCAUUUCGAUGUUCAGAGUCGAGUGACCCAAGUGUACGAUGUGGGGACCAUCAAGAACGGUGUUGUCGAACUUAUGCGGCUGAUACGAGACAAGAGUCCACUCAUCCAUCAAAUCACAAAUGUCGUGGUCACGAACCAAUCUGCGAAUGCUACCUUAGCCUUGGGUGCAAGUCCGAUUAUGGCUACCGCGUCUGAAGAGAUGCAUGAUCUUAGUCGCAUUCCGGGUGGUUUACUCAUAAACUUUGGCACCAUCACGAACAAAGGUGGCAUGAUUUCUGCAGGGCAAUACGCAAAUGAAGCACAAAAACCCGUCGUCUUCGAUCCGGUUGGAGUAGGCGCUACUCAGUUCAGGAAAACGACAGCUUCAGAACUCCUGAAUGCAUGGCAGGCUAGCGUUAUUAAAGGAAACGCUGGCGAGAUGGCUUCUCUCGCUAACUCAAACGAAGUGCAGGCUAAAGGGGUUGAUAGUGUUGGCUCUGGGUUUGCAGAUCCAGCGUCUUUUAUUCGUGAGAUAGCCAAGAAAGAGCGUUGCGUAGCUGUCAUGACGGGGCCGACAGAUUGGGUAUCCGAUGGCGUCACUGUAGUGAAAUUGGAGAACGGCAAUAAGAUGCUCGGUGACAUCACAGGGUCUGGAUGCCUUGUUGGCACCUGCGUUGCUACGUUUUGUGCUGGUGCCUCACUUAUGGCCGCUGCCCCUGGAACAAGCCCUGGGCCUGAGCUCGCGAAGCUCGUCAGGGGAAACAUGUUGAUAGGCGCUGUUGGCGGUGUUCUGGCUCUAACGGUGGCAGCCGAGUGUGCAGCAGAAAGAAGCGACGUUCAUGGAUCUGGAACAUUCCUCCCAGCCCUCAUAGAUGAGCUGUACAACUUGAAGCCCGAGACACUGUUGUCUAGGGCAAAAGUUCAAGUAUUGUAACCUUACUCUUACAGCAUAGCGUGUGGAUGAAUAUUCGGUCAAUGCGAAAAACAUAUUA